AUGGCCAACAAUGAUGAUGAUUUGGAUAUAACAGAUCGAAUGUUAUUGGCUAAGCCAAAAUUUCUCACAUCCGUUGGCGGUGGAGGAGAUACUGCCAGUGUGUCAUCAUUGCCGGCGACAAUUUCUGGAGGCGAUAAAGACAACAGUGAUACGCCCAUUUUUAGCAAACGUAAGAUGACCCUACGUCUGCCCAAGGACUACAGUGGUAAUCUACUCCAUUUGGCUGUGUGUAAAAAUUGGCUGGUCUGUCUUAUGGCAGCACCACAGCCAUCAUCUCAAGUUACAUUGUUUCGAUUUUUCCUGCUGAGAACUUUGCCACCAUUGGAAAUUUCAUUGGAGAAAUAUUUGGCUGGCUAUAAAAUUGGUGAACUAUUCCUGGACUAUACGGGUCAUCAUAUACUGAUUAGUUUAAUACCCAAAUCACCGGGUUUGUCGGCUGAUUUCCUUUAUAUCCAUGGCAGUGGUACGAAAGUUCGCCGUAUCGAGAAAUUUAAAGAUCAUGAAAUUACAUCGGUGGCAUUUAAUUAUGAAAUGGGUACGGAAUCUACCACCGGGCCGAUAUUAUUGGGCACCAGUAAAGGUCUGAUAUUUGAAACGGAGCUGACACUGGAAGCUGAUAAGCCGCUAUAUAGGAAACAGGUCUACGAUUUGGGUUUGGGUCGGCCAAAAUAUGCCAUAACUGGCUUAGAGUUUCGCCAUGUACCCAAUACCGCGGGCCAAUAUAUUGUUGUGGCCACAGCUACCGACUGUAUUUUUACAUUUCAAGGCCAUUUGCGAAUGGAGGAGAGGACACUGCAACCCAUAUUCAACACUUAUUUAAAUGGUACCCAAUCGCAUGGUUAUGAGGUGGCCAAAACUGACCUCAAAUAUUCCUUAUUACAAUUUUAUGCUCAACCCAAUGAAAAAUAUCCCACACAAUGGGGUUGGUUGUGUGGCUCAGGCUUGAGACAUGGAGAAGUUGCUCAAAAUUCCAUUAAAGAUGAGAAAUUUCUAAUAGGCGAAGAACUGGUGCCAUUGGAUAAAGAUUUGGAGCAACGCCGCCACUUGUCAUAUGAAGAGAAACGUUUAAAUGUUUCGCGGGCAUUUGUCCUAACCGAAUAUCAUGUUUUGUUGAUGUAUCAUGAUCACAUAACUGGCAUUUGUUUGCUCGAUCAAUCGGUGGUCUAUGAGGAAUAUUUCCACGAACAAAUGGGAAAAUUAUUGAAUAUUUUUCAAGAUCCUUUUACGGGUAAUAUUUAUUUUUAUACCGAGAAAAUGGUUUUUAAUUUUAAGGUGAGUGAAGAGCAACGCAAUAUUUGGAAAAUCUAUUUAAAUAUGGGCUCAUAUGAAAUGGCGGAAAUCCACGCUGCCGGUAAUGAGGAGAACCUGAAUGCGGUAUUAAAAACUAAAGCUCAGGCAGCUUUUGAUGAAAAGAAUUAUAUUGAGGCCGCCAAAAUAUAUGCCGAGACACAAAUGCCAUUCGAGGAGGUGUGUUUAAAAUUUAUAGAUCUGCAAGAAAAACGGCCCAUGAUAACUUAUGUAAAGCGGCGCAUGGAAACAUUGCCAGCCGAAGCAGAUGAACAGCUGUUUGUAUUGGUGGCUUGGUUAAUAGAUCUCUAUUUAACCGAAAUCAAUUAUCCUGGACGCACAGUGGAAGAGAAAAAACAAUGGCAAAUGGAAUACGAUGAGUUUAUGUUGAAUUUCUCAGUCAUCAAAUGUUAUCGAGCAAAUCGCGCCGCCAUUCAAGAUUUAAUUGCCCAACAUGCAGACGAUCACAAUUUGGCACAAUUUGCCAUAGCCAAUGAAGAUUAUGAUGAAGUAUUGCAGCAACAUAUUGGGGCAGAGAAAUAUCUAGAAGCCCUGCAUAUCUUGCAGAAGCAAAAAAAUAUUGAAUUAUAUUAUAAAUAUUGUCCGACACUAAUUGAAUAUUUGCCCAAGGAGACAAUAGAACUAAUGAUGUUGCAGGGUCGUAAAUUGAGUGUGCAAAAAUUAAUUCCAACUAUAACCACCAUUGAUUCGCCGUUGCAUAUUUCGGAAAUCAUUAAAUAUUUGGAAUAUUGUAUUUAUAAUUUGGGUGAGACGUAUCAGGCCAUACAUAAUUUCCUAAUACGUUUAUAUGCUGAACAUCAACCGAACAAAGUUAUGAAAUAUUUAGAAAAUCAAGGUCAAGAUAUUACUUUGGUACACUACGAUGUUAAUUAUGCCCUAUUGGUGUGUAUGGAUUUUAAUAUACAAGUGGCAUGUGUAUUUUUAUAUUCAUUGCGUAAACUAUGGCCAGCAGCUGUGGAUUUGGCAUUGACCUUCGAUAUUAAAUUGGCCAAAGAGACCGCAUCGAAACCGAAAGAUGAAAAAGUUAAAACAAAGCUGUGGCUUAAAAUUGCCUAUCAUGAAAUCAAGGACACCAAUGAUGUAAAGAAAGCUUUGGACCUACUGAAGGAAUGUGAAUUGUUGCACAUAGAAGAUUUGUUGCCAUUCUUUUCAGAUUUUGAAAAGAUUGAUGAUUUCAAGGAACCCAUUUGUCAGGCACUGAAGGAAUACAAUCACAAACUGCAAGAACUACAACACGACAUGGAAGAGGUUAGCAAACAAGCCGAACGAGUACAAAGUGAUUUACAAAAUAUACGCGAAAAUUGCAUACGCAUUGAGGCACACGAACAAUGCAAUGGUUGUGAUACAUUUUUACUGGUCAAGCCAUUUUUCGUAUUCUCUUGUGGUCAUAAAUUUCAUGCAGAUUGUUUGGAAAAGCUAGUUAUACCACAUCUAACAUCAGAUCAAGCUCGCAAGUUGACAAUGUUAAAACAACAAUUGGAUAAUUUAUUAACACAAUCUGUUGCCAUGGCAGAUAAAUCCAAUGAAUCGAAAUAUAAACGUGAGAAGGUUAAGCAAGAAAUUGAAGAAAUUCUGGCGGCGGAUUGUGUAUAUUGUGGUCUAAUGAUUGAAACCAUCGACCAACCGUUUGUGGAGGACUGGGAUCAAGUUAAUGUCGAUUGGGAGUAG